AAAGCUGGUUUGUCACCUGGGAAGUUUACCAAGAAGUAUGCAGCAAAACAGUUAAAGCAUCGUCUGCAGGCAGAGGAGAGAUCCAAGCUACCCUCAACAAAGAGAAGAAGAAUCCAGUUGAAGCAGGAAAGAAAUAAUACGCAAUGUGCAUUUCAGGCACUCGAGGGUGACACAUAUCAAUCAGAGAUAGGAUUAGAGGAUGAGGUUGACAUUGUACAGAUACCGGAUCCUGUUCCUCGUGGUGUCUUUAAACCCAUCACAUUAUCGAGUGGAUCUCCCUCCCUUGUGGUAUUUGAUUUAGAGACCACUGAUCUGAUUCGAGGAAGACAGAUGCCACAUAUCACUCAACUUGCUGCAGUUGAAUUGGAUACGGGAUCUCUGUACAACACAUAUAUUCUUCCAAAGGUGCCCAUUUCAGAGGAAGCAAUGAACACGACUGGCAUUGUAGUGAAUUCCGACUUAGAAAAAAUGACUGUCCACGGUAGGGAGGUUGAUGCAGUUAACAUUAUAUCUGGACUAACAGAGUUUGUGGAAUGGAUGAAGAAUUUUUCAAAUGUUAUAUUGGUAGCACAUAAUGGAAGGAAAUUCGACUUCCCUGUACUUAUGAGUACCUUACGCUGUUUAAACAUGACAGACACACUGCUUCCUGUUGUUUCUGGGUUUAUUGACUCCCUGAGUGUGUUCAAGAAAGCCUUUCCUGGACAGCAGAAUUACAAGCAAGAGACACUAGUGAAAGCGGUACUCAACACCAGCUACGCUGCCCAUGAUGCUACAGAAGAUGUUAAAACCUUAGGUUUGUUGAUGAAGCAGACCAAGUUUUUAGGUCCUGAGAUCUUACAGUUUAGUUUUCCACCAAUUUCUGUUCACCAAGGCCUUCUUUUUAGCAACGAGAAAUCAAAAAACAUAACGUCAUUGCAUGUUUUGAUUGCUAAAGGUGUUGUGAAGCACAACACAGCAGAAAAUAUUGCAGGUUCAGGCUUGAACUUGUCCCACCUUCACAAGAUAUUUCAGAGAGAUGGCGAGGAUGGACUUAGAGCUACAUUUGCUCAGAAAAACUCUGAAGGCCAGGCCCGGGUUUCCUCUACAAAGCGUGUUCUUUACUCUGUUAUUCCAAAACUUGUGGAAUAUUUUGAAAAAAAUGAUGUAAACUGA